AUGGAGGCUGUAGUAUUUGAUGGAAAGACCUUGUCCUUAAAGUACCAGAAGGACUAUCCCUUGCCCAAGAUCUCAAAUGAUGAUGAGGUCAUCGUGAAGAUUGAAUAUUCUGGUAUCUGCGGUACUGAUCUACACAUUAUACAGGGUGAAUUUCCAGCUAGCAAGGAUCGUCCACUACCUCUGGGUCACGAAUCCUCUGGUGUUAUCACUGCUGUCGGCAAGAACUCCAUCUUCAAAGUUGGACAGAAGGUCGCCAUCGAUCCUAACUGCGCCUGUGAUCUCUGCGACUUCUGCCGUAACGGAAAAUAUCAGUAUUGCCUAUCAGCUGGCAUCAACAGCACUAUCGGCAUCUUCAGGGAUGGUGGGUGGGCAGAAUACUGUGUUGUACCUCAGCAACAAGUCUUCGCAUUACCGGAUGGCAUUACUACUGAGCAAGCUGGUCUCACGGAGCCCUACUCCUGCGUCUCUCACGGCUUCAACCGAGCCUCUCCAAUCAAAGUUGGCCAGAAAAUCCUCAUCCUCGGUGCUGGUAUAAUUGGUAAUCUCUGGAUCUCAACUCUGCAUCAUCAUGGUCACAGGGAGGUGACAGUCUCUGAGCCGAAUAAAACCAGACUCGAAACUGUUAAAAGGCUGGAUACCGGCUACAGGUUAGUCGGACCAGAAGUGUUGGCCCAAGAGAAGAACCUCUACGAUGUUAUCAUUGACUGCACAGGUGUUGGCAAGGUGAUGGAGAUAAGUAUCAAUUACAUGAGGCCCGGCGGCAAGUAUGUUCUCUUCGGUUGCUGCCCACCAACUCACCAAGUCAGCCUGAACCCAUUUGACAUAUAUAACAAAGAAUUGACCAUCAUCGGAGUGAAGAUCAACCCGUUCAGUUUCCCAAGUGCUAUCGGAUGGCUCAAGGCUAUGGGCAGCAGAUACGUGGACUAUCACAAGCUCGGAGUCAAGACCUACCGUCUUUCAGAGUACGAAUCAGCUUUAGAAGACCUGAAGACUGGAUCCGUCUCCAAGGCCAUCUUCAAGAUUAACUCUGAUUAA